AUGCCGGGAGAAACACAGAGAAGGACCAGGCGGAAAGACGCCUUUGUGCUCACUCUGCUGGCCCUCCUAGCCAUCGGCCUAUGGCUCUUGGCAACGUCUCACGACACGCCAUCACAGACGCGCAUCGUCACCACCAUAUUCAGAGCGCAGGUUCUGAGGGAUCCCAAUGGAGCACUGGAUCCCACCACCGAGCUAGAGCUGGUCAGGGCCAAGGGGGAGCGUUUCAGCAGGAAGCACGGCAAAGACGUCCUCAGUCGCUUGCGCACACCUGCCAACUGGCCGCUGAGUCUCUCCUCAUCAUAUCUUGAUGCUUCCGACUACACCCGAACAGCGGCCAGGGCCUGGGAGCACCUCUUGCAGGAGGGAGCCAGUGGGAUGAUAGACAACAUCGGACAGGAAGACAGACGCAUACAGCGCUUGGAAAUCCGGAGGGACAACGACUUUACUCACAGAAUUCAGAAAACCUUCUCAGACGGUGUCUUGCAAGCCGUUGAGGAGUCAAUACAGCCAAGCAGGACAGUGGUUGUGCAGCCUGUGGAUGACCAGAUGGCUGAGCUCCUCGCAGAAUUCGAUUGGCAGACGUACCUUAUAUACUAUCCAGACCUCAAAAAGGCAGGCAUAGACACAGAAGCAAAGGCCAGGCAGCACUAUACAGCAUGGGGCCGCGCUGAGGGGCGGGUGCACAAGCGGUUGAGGGUCAUCCUGCGCUACACAGCCUGCACAGGGCUCAUCAACCAGCACUACAGCCACAUUGCAGCCUUUGUCCUCUCCUAUGCCCUCCGAUCCGAGAUCGUGCUCCCGCCAGCAGUGCAGCGUGACUCCUUUGGGAAGUACUUCAGCACCAGGAAGGACGAGAAUGAGAUCAGCUGGACACCUGUGCCGCUGGUCUCUCUGCUGGACGUGGAGAAGAUCAUUGAAGCUUGGCACAUCCGAGGGAUGACAGUGCACGAGACGCCAGCCUUGCUGCCCUUCCCAGACUUGACAGAGCCGCAGACAGCAUACCCCCUGUACAGCCAGGAAGGGUUGGAUGAGCGCUUCAUCGCGCAACUGGACAAUGUCUACCUGCAGAGCCUUCACCUGGAUGACAUGGUCGAGAGGGUGCGCAGCACGACCAUGCAGCAUGCUCGGAAGCUGCUGAGGCAGGACCCGAAUGUGACCAUCGACUACAUUGUGUUGGACUUGCCCUGCACAUUCUUCAUGCUGGAAACACUGAGCAAUCUGCCGCUCGUCAGUGAGGUGGCGAGGAGCCUGGACUUUGCGCCUGCCCUGCACGACCUGGCCAAUCAGAUCAUCUCCAGGCUGACAAGGGAUGGGCAGCUGUCGUACAAUGCAGCUCACCUCCGCAUUGAGAAGGAUGCUCGAGACUGGUCAAUCAUCAUGGGCGGUGAUGGGGUCAUCUGGCAUCUGUACAAGCAGGCAAUGAGGGAGGCCAACUUCAAUGCCUCAACGCCCCUGUACAUCGCCUCUGGCCUUCUGACAUAUGGCGCAAAUGAAGAGCUGGCAAACAUUGAAGGCAUUCUCACCGCGUUCCAAAGCUGCAGCGAGCUCUUCUACAAGGAGAUAUUUUUGGAUGCAGAAGUCCUGGAAGCCCUGAGCUCAGAGCAGAAGGCGCUCGUGGAUUUCAUAGUGCUGGCGGGAGGACAGGGCUUUGUUGGCUUUGGAUCCUCCACCUUCAGCUUCUACCUGCGUGAGUACAGGGCCCUGAAGGGCAUCUCGCGCGCAUCCUCUGUCCUCGUGAAUGCCUCAGCCAUCGGCACAGACAGCCUCUUCCGCUCAGCAGGAACCGUCACCUUCUAG